AUGAUUCAACUCCCGGCCCCGGCGCGAGAUGGCCCCGACAAAGACAAAUACUGCGCCUAUCACAGGAACCGGGGGCACGAAACUGAUGAGUGCCACGUCCUCAAAGGGUUGAUUGAAGACCUCUUGCGCUCGGGAGAAUUGGCACAAUUUACUGCCGAGAAGAAGAAGAACCGACGCCGGGGGUGGAAGAAAUAUUUCAAGAAGUCUGACAAAGAGAAGAAGGAUAAGGAGCCGGAACCCGACCAUGACCCCCCUGCUGCCGGGUCGAAACAGAUCAUCCAUGUUAUCUUCGGCGGGCCAGAGGGGGGUGACGAUCCAGACCGUCGACGAGCUUGGUCGAGGGAUUUGCCCGUAUGCUCGAUCAACACCAGCCAACCCGAGAAGAGGGUAAAGGACAAGCCGAUAACCUUCAUCGACCGAGACCUUCCCCUUGGAGGAGAUCAAUUUGCCGAGGCAUUAGUUAUCAUUGUUGACAUCUGCGGAGCUGAGGUCCGAAGGGUAAUGGUGGACACUGGCAGCAGCGUUAAUGUGCUGUACUUAGAGGCCUUCCAGAAGCUGAAAAUCGAGAGGUCAGCAUUAACGCCGGUCCGAACACCGCUGUCGGGUUUCAUGGGCGAUAUGGUUCACCCUGAGGGAAUGGUCGUCCUCCCAGUGGAGGUCGGAGUUUAUCCGAAAAUCUUGAGAGUGGAGAUGGAGUUUAUCGUUGUCAAUUUGGCAUGCGUACACAACGUCAUCUUGGGACGCCCGGGGAUAGCUCAAAUGAAGGCGAUCAUCUCCAUGCCUCACCUGUGUAUGAAGUUCCCGACCCCGGAAGGUGUCGGAACAGUCCGGGGAGAUCCGCGAUCGGCCAGAUUGUGCUACGUCCGGGCAGUGGAGAAAUAG